CGCGCCGCGAUAUUAUCUACCUAGAAAUCGAGUCUCGCGCGCGGCGCCUCGGCGGGAUCGAUUCCCUACACGACUUCGCAGUGAAUUUCCGUGCUUUUCAGCGCAAGAAGCUGCUGGCGGCGGCUGUUAAAAACGUAAUUUAACCGAUAGGAUGUACUAUUAUUAAACGGCGAUUCAUUUUUUAAAACGUCAUGCGUUACUUGAUCCCCAGCUCUUCUCCGAUAUCCACGCUCUGACCUAUGAACAAUAGAUUGUAACAAUUAAAGUUGCAUCUCUGACUCGAUUGCUGUAUGUGUGCGAGUGAACACUUGUUAAUUUUGCGUGGAGAUUCAAUUUCAAAUUCUUGCACGCUUUUGGCCAAUAGGCGAAAUUUACAGCCUUCAUUUCAUUCUGAUGCUGAUUAUGUAACGUUGAUACGCCUUUUUUUAUUUUACAAAAAAAGCUUUCAUUCAUAAAUGCAUACACGUAUGAUAAUUCUGACGCUUAUUUGCAAAUCGUUGAAUGUGAAUAAUUUAAAUUUAAAUUUGUAAACACUCGAAUUACGCAAAAGUAAUUGCACAUUUAAUUAUUCAUAUAUUGCAGAAUAUUUCGAUUAAUAAUUUAUUAAUAUUUAUCCUAUAUACCUAUAUAUGUUCGAGCUGAUUAAAAAUUGAAUAUCGGCAAAGCGGUGUUGAUUCAUGUCAUUGUAAUGAUGUUACAAAUUUAACGAUAAAAAUAUUAUCUUGACUUCUCUCCAGUGAUUUACCAACAUCCCGACUUUCCUUGUACAAACGCGUACACUUAUUUGUAUUCCAUACUCUUAACGCGUAUGGUGCACUAGCUAUUCUAAGUCUGUCGAGAGUUUUUUUCUGCAUUUCUAUGUCAUAGGCAGUUGAGAGGCUAAGAGAUUCACUGCUUUCAUCAUGACGACGUCUAUGAUAAGGACUUUGACUACUCGAACAUCACUGACGUGUGUAAAUAGUGUCUAUCGAAACGGCUCUACGUUGAGAUUCAUGUGGAACCUACGACCUGGUUGUGGUUGGCGGUGGCAUUGUAGGAUGUGCCACUGCCCGAGAAAUGAAGAGCAGGCAUCCUCAGAUGCGAAUAGCCAUCGUAGAAAAAGAGGCUGUUCUUGCCAAACAUCAAACUGGUCAUAACAGUGGUGUUAUCCAUGCUGGCAUUUAUUAUAAGCCUGGAAGCAUGAAAGCAAAGUUGUGUGUGGAAGGUCUGAAGUUGUCAUACGAUUACGUGUGUAAAAAAGACAUCCCACACAAAAAAGUAGGUAAGCUCAUAGUGGCACAGAACGAACAGCAAGUUUCACAGUUGCACGAUCUCUACGAGAGAGGAUUGAAAAACAAGUGCCCUGAUAUUGAACUGGUUAACAAGGAGUGCAUUGCAAAUUAUGAGUCUAAAUGCAAGGGAGAAAAAGCUAUAUGGUCGCCAUGGACAGGAAUAGUAGAUUGGGCUUUAGUGUGUCGACAUUUUGCAGAAGACUUUCAAAAAAUGGGUGGUGAUGUCUUUCUGGAUUUUGAAGUUGCUGGUUUUGCUGAAGCUAUUGAAUCCAAAGGAAAAAAUGAACUAGCUCCCAUAUGCGUAUAUUCUAAGAACAAAUAUCUGAAUGCCAAGCAUGUCCUAACAUGCGCUGGUUUACAUUCAGAUCGAUUGGCUGUUAUGACAGGUUGUGGCCUGAGCCCACGAAUUGUGCCUUUCCGCGGUGAAUAUCUUCUACUCAAGGAUAGCAAGAAAAACCUUGUAUCCACAAAUAUAUAUCCAGUGCCAGAUCCCAGAUUCCCAUUUUUGGGUGUGCACUUUACACCAAGAGUCAAUGGAGAUAUCUGGCUAGGUCCAAAUGCUGUACUUGCUUUUGCCAGAGAAGGAUAUCGUUGGCGAGAUGUCAAUAUUAGGGACUGUAUAGAAAUGGCCAAAUUCCCAGGACUCUAUAAGCUUUGCUUCAGAUAUGUUAUUCCAGGAAUAAAGGAAGCAGUCAAGUCGCUCUUUUAUCAGUUGUCUGUUAAAGAAUUAAACAAAUUUAUUCCAGGAAUUGAAACUUCUGAUGUUAAAAGAGGUCCUGCUGGAGUUAGAGCACAGGCACUUGACAAUGAUGGGAAUCUUGUCGAUGACUUUGUCUUUGACAAUGGCACUGGAACUUUAGGCCAAAGAGUUCUUCACUGUCGAAAUGCCCCUUCACCAGGAGCUACAAGCAGUAUGGCUAUAGCAAAAUUCAUUUCCGACAAAUUAGAAAAAGACUUUAAAUUUUAAAAUUAAAUUAAACUCUGAAGUAAGUUUUCUUUUCUAAGAGGAUGCUUCAAUUUAUGUAUUUAUAUUUAACUGUAAGUAAAGUCAAGUUACCAGUUAUGCAGUUACAGUUUUAAAUAUAUAAUCUAAGUUUGUAUUGAUGAUUGGAAAGCUGGUUCUUUCAUAAAGAAAAUGGAAAAAAAAUAAUUUGAAAAAGUUUAUUAUAGAUUUAUGAAAUAUGUACAAAUCUUUGUAAGUAUUUAUCACAAAAAUCAUCUUUUUGUAAGAUUUUUUACCAAAUUGAUGUUUGCAUUCAAAAUAAGAAUAAAUAGAUCCUAUUUUUGAAAAAAUUUGUAUACGCUAAAUAAUCCUAAGUCCAUUAGGAGAUAGUAGCACACUCCUUCCUGCAAAAUCAUGCGCUGCAGUGACAUGAAAUGCCAUAUUCGAAACAACCACUAUAUACUCAGCCAAAGCAAACAUUGAAUAAACUGUGAAUAAAAUAUCAUAUUAGUAAUGAA